AUGUCUGUAACUGCUGCAGUUCCUCUCCAGUUCCCAGAAGGUAUCAGAGUUCUUGCAGUUGAUGAUGAUCAGACUUGUCUUCAAAUAAUGGGAAGAAUGCUUGAGCGUUGCAUGUAUAAAGUUACCAAAUGUAGGAAUGCGGAGGAGGCACUGUCCCUGCUAAGGGAAGAUAGCAGUAGGUUUGAUAUUGUUCUAAGUGAUUUGCAUAUGCCUGAUAUUAGUGGACUUAAGCUUCUUGAGAUCAUUGGAUUGGAGAUGGACAUGCCUGUUGUUAUGAUGUCUUCGGAUGAGAAAAGGGAAACUAUCAUGAAGGGUAUCAUUCAUGGUGCCUGUGACUAUUGGGUUAAACCGGUUAGGAUGGAUGCAAUUCAGCUGGUAUGGCAGCAUGUGAUUCGGAAAAGAAGGAAUGGAUUGAAGGAAAUGGAGCAUGCAAUGGAGGAUGAUGUAGAGGGUGGGAAUGAAGAGGGCAGUAGAAGCAUGAAGAGGAAAAAAGAUAGGGAGGAUGAAGGAGAAUCCAGGAAUGCUAUGCCAACAACGGUAAAGAAGCCUAGGAUGGUUUGGACACCAGCCCUCCAUCAACAGUUUGUGGCAGCUGUGAAUCAACUGGGCUAUUCUAAGGCAGUUCCAAAGAAAAUCCUAGAGCAAAUGAAUCUUCCUGGUCUUACUAGAGAAAAUGUUGCCAGCCACCUUCAGAAAUUUCGCCUUUAUCUCAGCAGGGUAAGUGAGAUUUCACAGGGUCCCGAAAAGACAUAUAUGAAUCCAGCUUCUUUAAAUGGCUGCAACCCCCAACUUAAUGUGGUUGGUGAAGUCCCACUGCAAGGUCUCACCAGGGAAGGAACCUCUAGGACUCCCAUGGCUUUUGUAGAUCAAAGGAACCUUUUCCACUAUGGAGUGGGGCAACAAGCUUGCAAUAGCAGUAAACAAGCGAAGUUGCUUCAUGAAGUUCCAGCCAAUAUGCUGCAGCAACCUGCUCAAAUGUAUAGGAGCCUGGAUUUUCAAGUUAGUGAAGGAACUCCAAGAUCUCUAAACUUACCAGCUGCUAAUGACGAUAGUGUUUAUGGAAGCCAGAGUAGCUUUUCUACGAUGCAGAUGGCUCAAACCCCAUAUGGCAUGCCAAUGCUGAAUGAAAUUUCAGGUCAUCAGCAUUUUGGGCAUCACCCUUUGUCCAAUCAAAUUCUUUCUAAUGAUAUUGAAGCCCAGGCUCUGAGGACAGUUGGGAAUCCCAUAGAAAGUAAUGCUGCAGCAUGCUAUCCUCUAGCUUCUCCAAUGGUUGAUUUUUCAAAAGACCAUAGCCAUGGCUUCCAUCUUGAGAUGAAUGCUAUCUAUGGAAAUGCUUCUUCUGUUGGCCAGGGAAUGGUCUCCCUUGGUGAAGAAUAUGGAUAUAGGAACCCGGAAAAUAUUGCUCAACCUGGAAACAACCUCUUGGUUGAUGAUUCUUUUAGGAUGAAGCCUGAAAGUAUGCCUAGGCCGGGCUGUAAGUCUUUAUCUUUUGGCCAACACUUUGACCACGGAUUCAUGUCCUGA